AUGAAAUUGGUUUGUCGUUUGAGGCCAUAACCAAAUAAUACUUCAACCAGCAGUAUCAAUUCCAGAAAGGAAGUAAGAACUAACAUUUUUGCAGGUGUCUUAUCAAAUGAAUCUCCUUAGACAAUUGUGGUCAGCUCAAGAAAUGCUCUAUCUCAAAAGAUCAUCUAAGAGUAUCUCAAGAGUGACUCAGAUAUCAUGAAAUAGCGAUAAUCAAUUAUUGAAAAUGCAGAUCUCUUCCAAUUCGAUUAAGUUUUUGGAGAGAAGGCCAAUUAACAAUUACUAUACGAUCAAAUAAUGGCUAGUAAGGUUAAUGGAUUGGUUUUGGGAAAUUCAGGUACCUUACUUGUUGCUGGAGGACCUGAAAGUGGUAAGAAAUACACUUUGAAAGGGGAGGACAAAGGCUAAGAGAAGGGUUUGGCUCUUUUGGUUGUUGAGAACACUUUGAACCUGAUUGAGGGAUCGAAGCAACUGAAAGGAAAGGGCAAACUGUUUUGCUCAAUUGCUUUGGUGAAUAAUGUCGAAACAGUUGACAUGAUAGGAUCUACUCGAAGUUAGACUAUCAAAACCACUUGGGUCAAAAGUGGAAGCGAGUUUAAAAAGAUGUUCAAUUAGAGUCUAUUUUAAUAUAAACAAUAUGUGAAGGAACAUCCAGAAACAAAGAAUUGUCAUUUAUUUUUGAAAUUUAUACUUUAGCAUGAUAAAUAGGAGAUAUCUUAAUUGCAUUUAAUUCUGCUCAACGAAUUCAGAAGAGUGACAUAAGAGGCCAAAGACUUUUAAGCCAAAUUAAAAUAAUUAUUAAUCCAAUAGUAAGAUUUAUAAGAGAGAGAAUUGGACACAAAGGCUCUUCAAUAGUUAUUCCUAGCAUUAAGAGAGACUAAAUUUAAUAAUAUUACAGCUCUCUUUUGUGUGUCUUAAGUGCAGUAGGAUCACAUCACUGCUUAUAUGACAUUACAAUUUGCUGAAGAAUUAAGAUAGUCAGCAAAAGGGUAAUAGAGUUAGAGAGUUGCCUUGUCUUAAAUCGAGAAUUAAUCGAGGGCUCAAUUGGGUAGGGAUUAUGGGUUGUAAUAAUAAUAAUAAGCCACGCCAAAGUUGUCUGUUAUUGAUGAACAGCAAUCUCGAAUUAUCAAGCCUGGGUCUGAUCAACUUAACUACUCGAAGAGUUAAAGUAUGAUAGAGAGACAGCCCAGUAGAUAGGAGGCUAAUUUUACUAAGUAGUUCUAGGAGAUAAAGGAAUUACUAAAGGAGAAGGAUGAUUAUAAAGUGUUGAGGUUCGAAAAAGAACUAAGGAAUUUGUAUGAUGAGAAUACAAGAUUGUAAAGUAAGGUGUAUCAAUUGGAAGAUUCAUUAAAGCAUAGGGAUUUGUUGAUUUAAUAGUUGGAGAAUCACAUUGAUGAGAAUAGAAGAUAAUUGGAUUUGGACAAUACUCAAGGACCAUAGAGGAAGCAGAAGGAUUACUAAGUCGGAGAAUAGAAUCAGACCCUCACUCAACUGAAUUUAUAAUUGGUGCAUAGCAAUGAAGAGUGUGAAUUGCAAAAGCAGAAGGUGAGGAUGUUAGAGAACGAGAUAGAGAUGAUGAAGGAUCAGGAGUUCACGAACAUCAAACACUAUGAGAAGAGAGAGGAUGAGUUUAUGGGUCUAAUAUAAUAGGAAUAGGAGAGGAAUAAGCAAUUGUAUUAGGAAUUGGAUUAUUUUGCAGUUGAGUUGAAGGGCAGGGAACAGUAGUUGUAGGCUUCUGAGGACAAUAUCAAAACAUUAAAUAAGGUGAUUGAGGAGCAAUGUAAGAGAGUGGAUGAUGAGAAGUAGAAGAGUAAGGAGUUGAAUGAGUGCAUUCAAGGUCUGAAGUAGAAGUAGGAGGAGUACAUAAAAGAAUGUAAUUUGACGGAAUAGAGAUUCACCAAAUUGAAGGUGAGAUUGGAUACUGAAAAUGCUUAAUUGAAGGCGGAGAAGGAGAAGUAUCACCAGUAGUACAAGGACAAGUUGAAGAAAUAUAAAAUGGCUAUGAAAAUGUUAGAGUAGGAGAAUGGACAGAUGAAAAUGGAGAGAGUGAAAUUGCAAACAGAAAAUGAUCAAUUGUAUGGGAUAUCUAAAUAGUUGGAGAGUCAAUUGGGAAGAGUAAAUAGUGAGAGUACAGAAAGGAAUGGGGGGAGGUAGGAUCAUUACGAGUAGGACAAGGUUAGAUAAUAGAAUUUGCAGUUAAAUAGUCAAUUGAAGUAGGCUGAUUAUGAAGUAAGCAUGAUACAAUAAUUGUAGAUCUAAGAAUUAUCUAUGCAGUUGAACAAUGCGAUUUAAGAGUUGGAGAGAGUGACUGCGGAGUAUAAUGGAUUGCAAAAGGAGAAUAAAAGAUUGCAAAAAUAAUUGGAGGAGAAGCAAUCUGAGGCCAAGUAGAACGAGUUUAUGAUUGAGAGAGUGGUGCAAUUGAGUGACAAGUAGUUGGAUGAUUUGGAAGGGAAGUUCAAUAAGUUGACAGCUUAGGUGAAUGGAUUGCAGCAUGAGAAGAAGUCGCUGAUGACAGAAAAUCAGAGUUUGAAAUAGUAAUUGGAAUAGUUGGAGGGAAAUGACAUUGUGUUGGAGAAACGCAUAGUGAAGUUGAAGAAGGAGAAUAAGGAUCUGAGCAAUCAGAUUACGCAAUUGAAUUAGAAUAUGAAGGAGAUGAUAGUGGAGAAGCAUGGAGAGAUGAGAAGUCCUUCCUUCAAUAGAUUACAGCAGUAGUUGCAGAAUCAAUCCUAUAGAUCUUAGAGACUAAUGGAUAAUGAUGAUGACAGCGAUAGUGAUAUUUGA